GAAAAUGUUGUAAUUUUCGGGGCUGUUUUUUUAAAUUGCGGACGCCUGACUUCCCGGAGAUUGCCGAGCGGUGGUCGGAAAGAGCCGAGUCUGGAGCCGCCAUUGCGCCGCUGUUCUGGUUGAGAAGACCAAACAGUGAAGGCGAGUAGCGCCGGUGGGUGAGAGCGACGCCGGUCACUGUCCGCUACGAUUGACUGAGGACACAAUCAUGCUGCGAUUACCUGUGCUUCGCAAGGCAUUAACAGGCGCUUCCCAGUCUGCCAAAGAUAUCCUGGGAGCAAAAAACAAUGUUCGCACCACUGCUACAGCAGCAAGCAACCUGGUUGAAGUGUUUGUUGAUGGCAAGCCAGUGAUGGUGGAGCCUGGAACCACUGUUCUGCAGGCCUGCGAGAAAGUUGGCAUACAGAUCCCUCGGUUUUGUUACCAUGACAGGUUGUCCGUUGCUGGGAAUUGUCGAAUGUGCCUGGUGGAAAUUGAAAAAGCUCCUAAGCCUGUAGCUGCCUGUGCUAUGCCUGUGAUGAAAGGGUGGAACAUCCUUACCAACUCCGAGAAAAGCAAGAAAGCCAGGGAAGGUGUGAUGGAGUUUCUGCUGGCUAAUCACCCAUUGGAUUGUCCCAUCUGUGAUCAAGGAGGGGAAUGUGAUCUCCAGGAUCAGUCAAUGAUGUUCGGCAGUGACCGAAGCAGGUUUACAGAGGGAAAGAGAGCUGUGGAAGAUAAAAACAUUGGGCCUCUUGUGAAAACCAUAAUGACGAGGUGUAUCCACUGCACACGCUGUAUCAGGUUUGCCAGUGAGGUGGCAGGAGUGGAUGACCUGGGCACCACAGGAAGAGGAAAUGAGAUGCAAGUUGGCACAUACAUCGAGAAAAUGUUCAUGUCAGAAGUGUCAGGAAACAUCAUUGAUCUUUGCCCUGUCGGAGCUUUGACAUCUAAACCUUAUGCCUUUACUGCCAGACCUUGGGAGACCAGGUGCAGCAUAUCUUCAACUGUUUAUUGUUGCACCCUGUUGCUGUAUCUUGUAGUUUUAUGUGCUUAUGUGUUCCAACUGUGGUAUUAUUUUUCUUCUUCACGUAUUUUGCUCUGCAGGUUUGCAUAUGAUGGCCUUAAGCGUCAGCGCUUAAUUGUUCCCAUGGUUAGGGGUUCGAAGGGACAGCUGGUGUUUGCAUCCUGGGAGGAGGCACUAACACAGAUCGCUGAAGCGUUGCAGGGAGUACAGGAUAAAGGUGUGGCUGCCAUUGCUGGAGGAAUGGCUGAUGCCGAAGCUCUCGUGGCCCUGAAGGACAUGAUCAACAGGUUAAACAGUGAUGCACUAUGCACAGAGGAGAUCUUCCCAAUGGCUGGAGCUGGUACAGAUUUGCGCUCCAAUUAUCUGCUGAACACCAAAAUUUCCGGAGUAGAGGAGGCUGAUGUCCUGCUGCUGGUCGGCACCAACCCACGCUAUGAAGCCCCACUUUUCAAUGUUCGAGUCAGAAAGAGUUGGCUGCACAAUGAUCUCCAAGUAGCUUUAGUUGGGGCCAAUGUGGAUUUGAGCUACAGCUACAAUCACCUAGGAGACUCUCCACAGGUGUUACAGGAGAUUGCCUCAGGAAAGCAUCCUUUCAGCCAGGUCCUGAAUAAAGCAAGGAAGCCCAUGGUGGUGGUGGGCAGUUCAAUUCUCCAGCGGCGUGACGGUCCAGCAAUACAUGCCGCUGUCAGCACCAUUGCACAGAAUGCCAGAGCAGGCAGCGAAGUCGGAGAUAACUGGAGAGUUCUAAACGUCCUUCAGAGGGUAGCUGGCCAAGUAGCUGCUCUGGAUUUGGGAUACAAAGCUGGUGUCGACUAUAUCCGGAAAAAUCCCCCUAAAGUACUAUUCCUUCUUGGAGCAGACAGUGGCUGCAUCACACGGGAGCAUCUUCCAAAGGACUGCUUCAUUGUUUAUCAGGGACAUCAUGGAGAUGUCGGAGCCCCCAUGGCAGAUGUUAUUCUACCUGGAGCUGCUUACACGGAGAAGAAAGCAACAUAUGUCAACACAGAAGGCCGUGCCCAGCAGACCAGAGUGGCAGUAACGGCACCUGGCAUGGCCAGGGAGGAUUGGCAAAUUAUUCGCGCACUUUCCGAGGUGGCUGGUGUAACACUUCCAUAUGAUACUCUCGAUGAGGUCCGUGACAGGUUGGCUGAAAUAUCUCCAAACCUGAUCUGCUACAAUGAUGUAGAAGAGGCCAAUUUUUUCAAACAGGCAAAUGAGCUAGCAAAGCUUGUGAAUCAACAGGUCUUAUCUGAGCCACUUGUUCCACCUCAACUUACAAUUAAAGAUUUUUACAUGACAGAUCCAAUCAGCAGAGCCUCCCAGACUAUGGCAAAGUGUAUCAAAGCGGUUACUGAAGGAUCCAGUGCAGUUGACGAGCCUUCCAUCUGCUAACGUACACUGACAAAAAAAAUCUCAGGCAUCGGUGUUGUGCUGCUGUAGCUGAAUUCUGCACAAAUAUAUGUAAAGGACAAGCUUCUAACGAAGAUUGAGUUCAUGCUCGGUUGUAUACUCUGAGCAUGAUUAGUGAAGUUGUAUAAUGCUCAGUGAGGGGCGGGGGAAAUGUAUGACACACUCCACCUAUUUACGAGCUACAUAAUUAAAAUCUGUUGUGUUAAGUAGUACAAAUUUCCACAUGAAAUUCAAAAAGUUUAGUGUGAUAAUUGGCUGUGUGAUAAGCGUCUGAUUAUGCUGACUUUGUGUUCAAGACAGUUAUUAUUUUUGUGCGUUUAUCGCAACCUUCUCAAGGAAGACAGUGGUUCUUGUAAUGCUGCAAUCAAAUUUUUAUGGGAAAUAAAUGUAUAUCAUAGGGGUGAA